CGGUACUUGCUUUCGCUCUCACUUGGUUUUGGACGAGAAGAAGAAGGAGCCCUCACACGUCCUCCAAUGGCGACGAAGGUUUACAUUGUGUACUAUUCUAUGUAUGGACAUGUUCAGAAGCUUGCUGAAGAGAUAAAUAAGGGAGCUUCAUCCGUAGAAGAUGUGGAAGCCAAAUUGUGGCAGGUUCCAGAGACGCUUUCAGAUGAUAUUCUUGCAAAAAUGGGUGCACCGCCUAAAGGUGAUGCGCCGAUCAUCACCCCCAAGGAACUUGCAGAUGCUGAUGCUCUCAUAUUCGGCUUCCCAACUAGAUUUGGGAUGAUGGCAGCCCAAUUCAAAGCUUUUCUUGAUGCAACUGGCGGGCUAUGGAGGACCCAGGAACUUGCAGGAAAGCCAGCAGGCAUUUUCUUCAGCACCGGAUCCCAGGGUGGUGGGCAAGAGACUACUGCAUUGACGGCCAUAACGCAACUAGUCCACCAUGGGAUGUUAUAUGUCCCCAUUGGAUACACAUUUGGAGCUGGCAUGUUUGAGAUGGAAAAGGUUAAAGGUGGCAGCCCUUAUGGUGCAGGAACCUAUGCUGGUGAUGGUUCUAGGCAACCAUCAGAGCUCGAACUAGAGCAGGCUUUUCACCAGGGCAAGUACAUUGCUGGCAUCGCAAAGAAGCUCAAGGCAGCUGCUUGAUGUUCUCCCUGUUUGGAACUCCAAACAUCUAUUAUUUGUUUCUUCAUUCUGUGAAGGGCUAUAGCUAUUUUUCAAGGAAUAAGAUGACUUCCAUUAGGGGUCUGUAACCCGGCAUUGUCAUCUGCGUAAAGAAGAUAGUUUGCAUUUUUAGUUGACAAAUAAAUGUUUGCUUUUUAGUGUGCUUGCCUUCCAUGUGGGCCCAGUUGUAUUUGCGAAAAUGAAAGAUGUUAAGGAAUACAAGAUUUAUGUGGAGUAUACCUAA